UGAAAUACUUAUAUACUCUCUUUGGUGUUGGGUUGGAGUUUGGAGGCGUUCUCGCAUCAUGAAUCCAAGGAAACAGGAAUUCGAAGAAGAAAGCCAGGCUUUUCUCUCCCAGUCUCGAGUUAACGAACAUGCCGCAACGUCUCGCCGUGAGAAUCGCAAUCCCCGGAGACGAGUGACGUGGUGUCUGUGGUUGCUUCUUGAUCUUACGAUGGCCUCAGCAAUCGUAUUCCUCUUGUUCUUCCGACCCCUUCCAGCGAGAGAUAAUCUUAGGAAAUCGCCAGUACCUCGACUCCCGCGAAAGAUAUACACAUUCCGCAAUGAUCCGAGAUAUGCACGCGAGGACAUGUUCUUCAACGAGUCUGUCACUCUCCGUACACUCCAUAAUUGGAUCGAGCUGAGCUCGGAUAGCCGAGGAUUUAUCGUGAUAGGCGAUGCUAGUCCCUACGAUCUGCCAGAACCUUAUGAGGUGGCACUGGAUCGGCAACACAAUGGGCCAGGAUACAUGAUGUCCGCUUUUCACCAACUGCAUUGCCUAUCGUACCUUGCAGAGCACUUCCAACAAGGUUACGGAGGGGUCAAAUUAAUCGACCAAGUGGCCCACCACUCAGCUCAUUGCUUCAACUAUCUCCGCCAAGGAAUAAUGUGCUCGGCCGACACGACGCUGGAGGGUAAGACAGAAGCUGGUCCUGGCGAAGGCUCGGAACACGAAUGUACGGAUUACGAUGCACUGCUUGAGUGGGCAAAUGCGCAUUCAGCGUAUAGGUGGCGAGAAGGUCUUCUUCCAGAGGAUUCGAUACUGUGAACUUAGACCGGAAUACCAAUCUCUGAUGCGCAAAACUAGGCAAAGACUGAGCAAGCGGGUGAGCAUCUGUGAGAGGGUGAAAGAGACGCCGCACUUGCAAGCAACUGCGAGAUGGUAACCCCCAUCCAUAUGUUCUGUGGUGCUGAACAUCACCAGAAGAGUUUGCGGAUUCUGUUGUAACAAUGUGCACGACCCUCGUC